CAGGUACUUGGAAGAAAGUUCUUAAAGAGGCAACUAAUAUACAGCUUAAUCCAAGGACAAACAGCUUCAAUAUAAGUAAUGAGUUAACUGAUUUAGAUAAUGUUAAUGAACAGCAAAUAAAUAUAAUGGAUCAGACAAAACCAAGAGCAAAAGCAGUAUCAAGGGCAGAAGCAAGGUCAAGAGCAAGUGCAACAUCAAAAGCAAGUGCAGUAUCGAGAGCAAGUUCAGUACCAAGAGCAAGUGUCGCACCAUGUACAGAAGCAAGAAAAAGAGCAUGA